UGGAGCGCCCGGCCGGGCGAGGUGAGGGGCGAAGGCUUUGCGGCCGGCCAAGUUUCGGCGGCUGCCGGCUGUGCAGCGAUCGGGAGCCGGGCUCCAGCCCUGAGGACCGGGAACGCCCCGAUCGGCGCGGGCCCGCUGCCGCCGUCUCGCGUCCUCUUGCCUGGAAACGUGUUUAAGCUUUUAAAAUGUCAUCUAUCAAGCACCUAGUUUAUGCAGUUAUUCGUUUCUUACGGGAACAAAGUCAAAUGGAUGCUUAUUCUUCGGAUGAACAAGAAAGUUUGGAAGUUGCAAUUCAGUGCUUGGAGACAGUUUUUAAAAUCAGCCCAGAGGACACCCAUCUAGCAGUUUCACAGUCUUUGACAGAAAUGUUCACAAAUUCCUUCUGUAAGAAUGACAUUCUGCCUCUCUCAAAUUCUGUGCCUGAAGAUGUGGGAAAGGCUGACCAACUAAAAGAUGAAGGCAAUAACCACAUGAAAGAAGAAAAUUAUGCUGCUGCUGUGGAUUGUUACACACAGGCAAUAGAAUUGGAUCCAAAUAAUGCGGUUUAUUACUGCAACAGGUAA